ACUUCAAUUGUAGUCUGUGGUGGAGCGUCAGUAUGAAAAGGUACCUUUAGUCAAGCAAUCGAAAACUACUUCCGGCAUCCGGCAAACGCCCUAGUGUAUAUCUAUUGCUAUCGUUGAAUUAAAAUUUUUUACUUCGAGCGAAUUUUGCUCAGUGUCACGUUGUUUUUAUCGAUUUUAUGGGCAAAGGACGAUCGUAACAGUGGCGAAUCGUGUUGGAAAUUUUUACGUUCACGGUUACGGAAGUAGCGGUAAAGAAUAUUCAGAAGAAUUGUUGAAAAUCGACUGGAAAAGACGUAACAGGACGACUCGUGUAAAAUUGUGAGAUCUAAACUCGAAAAAUACCGCUGUAAAAAAACAAGUAUAGUCUUCCUCCGAAGAUAUCUACACCUGCAGCAAGUAAUUCUUGGACAUUUGAAGAAAAUUCUUCAUUGUUGACUCUUUGAAGCAGGAUAUAAUUUUCAAUCAGCCUACAAGCAUGUCCAUAGCCGGAUACGAGGAUCUUUUGAAUGGGCCAGUUAAAACGUACUUAGACUUAAGUCAAAAGAUCGGCGGUGAUGUAGCUGCUCAUAGCAAGCUCGUGGAGAAGGCUUUUCAGAUUCAGCUGCAAUUCGUGCGAACGGCGGUAAAUCGUCCUGCACCAGCAAAUCAAUCCGAACAAGUUUCUCUGUUCGCGCCCCUGUCCUUGCAGAUCCAGCAGAUCCAAGAUUUUCGCGAGAAAAAUCGCGGAUCCCCGUUCUUUAACCAUUUGUCAGGAAUUAGCGAGAGUAUUCCGGCUUUAGGAUGGGUUGCCGUGUCUCCUACGCCAGCUCCGUAUAUAAAAGAAAUGAAUGACGCUGGUCAAUUUUACACUAAUCGUGUAUUGAAAGACUGGAAAGAAAAAGAUAAAAUACAUAUAGACUGGUGUAAAGCAUGGGUACAAACGUUGACCGAGCUGCAGCAAUACGUUCGUCAACAUCAUACGACAGGUUUGGUAUGGGGAAAAACUGGUGCUGCACCUAUAGGGAUACCACCUCCUCCACCUCCUUCGAUGCCAAUCGAAGAUCUCUCACUAAACGUGGUGAACGAUGAUAGGAGCGCUCUCUUUGCUCAGAUUAAUCAGGGAGAGGAUAUCACAAAAAAUUUGAAAAAAGUUACUUCGGAUAUGCAAACGCAUAAAAAUCCCGCUUUGAGAUCCGGACCUGCGCCAUUUAAAGCACCAGCGGUUGCGAAUGUGACACCGAUAAAAAGUGUUUUACCGGCAAAUGUGCCUAUUGACAAAUCACCAGUAUUUACUCGAGAUGGUAAAAAAUGGCUUGUGGAAUAUCACAAGGGAGAAAAUUUAGUAAUCGAUAACGUGGAAAUGAAUAAUGUGAUUUAUAUGUUUCGAUGUCAAAAUAGUACACUCACUAUUAAAGGCAAAGUGAAUUCCGUCGUUAUGGAUUCUUGUCGUAAAUCAUCUAUUGUAUUUGAUUCUCUUGUAUCAAGUAUCGAAUUUGUUAAUUGUCAAAGCGUACAAAUGCAGGUUCUUGGAAAAGUACCUACAAUUUCCAUAGACAAGACGGACGGUUGUCAAAUGUAUUUAAAUGCAGAAUCGUUGAAUGUUGAACUGAUUACUAGCAAAUCUAGUGAAAUGAAUGUUAUGGUACCCAAGAGCAACGGAGAUUAUAAUGAAUACCCAAUACCAGAACAAUUCAAGACCACUAUUAAUCAAAAUGGUCUUACUACUACAGCCAUCGAUUCACUUGGUUAAAAACGUAAGAGAUUUGUUUAAAUGCAUAGCCUACUUUAACAAUAUAGCUCAUUAAAGAGAUAUAAUUAUCAAAAAUAUUCAAUCAUCAAAGAUAUCAAUUUAUUAAUAUCAUUAUUAUUUAUUAUCUUCUUUAUAUAAUGCGGAGCUAAAAAGAGAGAUGCAAUAUUGCAUAUCUUAUUUAUAUGUAACAAUUUGAUUUAGCAUAUGAUUGGGUUUUAAAUGGACGUGUAAUGAAUUGUGUAAUUAUUAUUAUUAAUUGUAUAAUUAUUAUUACAAAUGCAUUUGAUAAUAAGCGCAGUAAUAAUUUAUUUAUUAAACUUAAAGAAUUUUAUUCUACAGGAUGAGGAAAAAAGGUCGAAACCCCCGAAUAACUCGAAAAGUUAAAAUAAAUAAAUAUAAAUAUAAGUUUUCUAGAAAACUUUCAGAUAA